CGCUGAAACGACAAAAAUCCAGAGUAGUAUUUGCAACCAGAAGGCAAGAGCUGAAGCACGCAACACGUUCUCCAAUCCACGGCCAGACCACAAGAUUCCAAAUUUAUUUUGCCAGCUAUUACCAUCUCCUUCCCUCCCCCGACUUACAAGUAAUCAUCUAAACUUCCGCAAACAACAUUAAGUAUGGAGUUUCCAGCACCUCUCUGCUUGUUGGGGUUGCAAGUGCUAAGAUGCAGAGAAUGACAGGGAGUCGGAAAUGCUAUGUGAAAUAGGAAGUUCAAGGACUCAGAGAAGCAAAUGCAGGGAGAACAACACUCAAGACCUUACUGAUGAAAGCUUAGCAGAUUCUCUAUCAUAAAGAGUGUGAACAGCUAAACUAAGACAUUAAAAGGAAAAUACCAGACACUACUCUGCAGGUUUUAUUAACUACCGCUUACUGGAUACAUUCAAAUCCUUCAGAAUCAACAGAGUAACCAGGUGGCAAAGAAGAAACACAAGCCAUGGACAACCUCACUGCUGCGGCUGGGAAUGGCAGCCUGUGCACCAGAGAUUACAAAAUCACCCAGGUCCUCUUCCCGCUCCUCUACACUGUCCUGUUCUUCGUUGGACUCAUCACAAACUGCCUGGCAAUGAGGAUUUUCUUUCAAAUCCGCAGUAAAUCCAACUUUAUUAUUUUCCUUAAGAACACAGUCAUUUCUGAUCUUCUCAUGAUUCUGACGUUUCCAUUCAAAAUCCUCAGCGAUACCAAGCUGGGAACAGGACCUCUGAGAGCCUUUGUGUGCCAAGUGACCUCUGUCAUAUUUUAUUUCACGAUGUAUAUCAGCAUCUCAUUCCUAGGACUGAUAACCAUUGAUCGCUACCAGAAAGCCACCAGGCCAUUUAAAACAUCCAACCCCAACAACCUCUUGGGGGCUAAGAUUCUCUCUGUCGUCAUUUGGGCGUUCAUGUUCUUACUCUCCUUGCCUAACAUGAUUCUGACCAACAGGAGGCCAAGUGACCAGACUGUGAAGAAAUGCUCAUUCCUGAAAUCAGAGUUUGGUCUGGUCUGGCAUGAAAUAGUCAAUUACAUCUGUCAAGUCAUUUUUUGGAUUAAUUUCCUAAUUGUCAUUGUAUGCUAUACUCUCAUUACAAAAGAGCUGUACAAGUCAUACAUGAGAACAAGGGGUGUCAGCAAAGUCCCCAAGAAGAAGGUAAACAUCAAAGUCUUCAUUAUCAUUGCUGUAUUUUUUAUCUGUUUCGUUCCUUUCCAUUUUGCCCGAAUUCCCUACACCCUGAGUCAAACCCGGGAUGUCUUUGACUGCUCUGCUGAGAAUACUCUGUUCUAUGUCAAAGAGAGCACUCUCUGGUUAACAUCCUUAAACGCAUGCCUGGAUCCGUUUAUCUACUUUUUCCUUUGCAAAUCCUUCAAAAAUUCCUUGAUGACUAUGCUGAGAUGCUCCAAUUCUGCAUCAUCUCCAACCCAUAAAAACAGGAAGAAAGGACAGGAUGGUGGUGACCCAAGCGAAGAGACUCCAAUGUAAACAAACUGAGGUAAUAUUUCAGCCUAUUAGUGUUUGCAACUCCAAACAAGCACCAUGUGCUUUCACAUAGACAAACACUAUGUGAAAAUAUUACCACUGACUAAGAAGUAGCUGAGUUAGUAACGGUAACUCCUGAAACAAGUAACAGAAGAUGACAAGAGUAAAUGCUCAAUUACCUGUCCAGUAUUAAAGCAAUCUUAAAAUGCAGAAAAAUAACCGAACAUGUAGCGGUGCAGCAAAACAAACUGCACCCGGUCACCACGCCACAUGCAAAACUACACAGAAGUCAGAUAUGUAGCGUUUUGGCAAAAUGGGUAACCAUAUACGAACAUUUACCCUAAUUUUUUAAACAAAUUAUUGAUCACAAUGCUCUUAUCAACUUACAAUCAACUAAGAACAAUAAAUCCGAUAAAAUCUUCAACCAAAUGUAACACUUAUAUACAUAUUUAUGUAUAUGUACUUAUACAUGUAUAUAUAUCCCAGUCCCUUACCCAAGUGCUGACCUAUUGUGAUACUCAUUAUAAAAAUUUAAGUAACUGGGACAUGCAAAGAAUAGUAACUACUAACUUUUCAUUAUAAGCAAAAACUUAAACAAUUUAAGCUAAUUGAAAGCGUAAUAAUUUCAAUCAGACUAAAAAUUUUUUUCAUUAAAAAGAGGUUUUAAAACU